GAGUAAAGGAAGGACAAAACGACCGGGGAGAAGAAAAAGAGGAGGAAUAGAGGACUGUUUGUUUUCACUUUAUGUCGAUUUGAAUAACGUUAAGAAGAGCAAGUUGAUUUGCACCAGUUUUGCAUGUGCUGAAGAAAAAGGUGGACAGAGAGAGAGAGAGAGAGAGUGUGUUUUCUUCUCAGCUCACAAACCGACACGUGUUGAGUUUCACUCCACUUCAUCAGAGUUAUCGGGCUUCAUUUCUUCAUAAUCCGGUCUACUGUUCAUACAGGAGUGUGUGUGUGUGUGUGUGUGUGUGAGUGUGUGUUCACUGAGACGCACUCAGACACCGUUUCUUCUUCACGUGGCGUUUUUCAGUCACACUGAACUGAGCAACACGGCGAGGAAAAGCCCAGAGCAGAGUUUUCUCCCUCUGCUCUUUCUAAACCCCAUAGGACUAUGGCAGCGGUAACAACCCCGGAGUCGAGCCCUCAGCCUCGGGUCUACUUCCAGACUCCAUCCGGUACCGAAGACACCGAGACCCCGGCCCGGAAACAAGGCCGGGUUACGGUAAAAUACGACCGGAAAGAGCUGAGGAAGAGAUUGAACUUGGAGGAGUGGAUCAUAGAUCAGCUUACAGAACUGUACGACUGUGAGGAGGAGGCGAUUCCUGAACUGGAGAUAGAUGUGGAUGAGUUAUUGGACAUGAAGAAUGAUGAGGAUCGCGCUGCACGUGUCAAGGAUCUGCUGGUGGACUGUUACAAACCUACUGAAGACUUUGUAGUCGAGUUGCUUGACAAAAUCCGUGGCAUGCAGAAGCUCAGCACACCUCAGAAGAAAUGAUGCACCUAUAGCCUCGGCCCCUCCUCCUAACCAUCCCCCAGCCAAUCCCAGCUUCUUCCUCCGCUUCACCAGAUGCUUGACCAUUCGUGUGAGGUGGAGGGGGAAGUGAGCUGACUGGGGAAUCUAGCCAAUCAGAUUCUUAUAAGCAGGGCUUAUUUUUGUUUUCUUCAUUUUUUGUUAACUUUAUGGUAUAUUAUUUUUUUUUUCUAAAAGGAGAAAAGAUUUCAUCGUGUUUUGAAGCAUUUGUAGAAAUCCUAGCAAUAUAUUUCUAUACAUUUUUAGAUGUUAGGUGACUGUGUGAUAUUUUGCUCUGAUGCAAUACUGUACACGUGUCCCCAGUGGACUCCCUAAAAACGUGCUGUUUGUAGUUCUCUGAAAAUGUAAUAUUACUAUACCCUGCUGUAUAGUAAGUUUGGAGGAGAUGAGAUAUGUGCUGCCUUAUUCUUUUUUUUUUUUUUAUGUAUUCCUUUAUUUUAUCUCAGCUUUGCGAGGUGUAGAUCUGUUUGUUUAUGUGGGUAGGAUGAAGUAGAUGCUGGUGGAAAACUAGUGAUUUUUUUUUUUUUUUUUUUAGCUGUGCAAACCCACAUACAUAGAAACACACGUUUACACACAAAAACACAGACAGCCGGGCGUCACCCCCCUCAGGGAUCAUGUACCACACACCACAGCUGUGGUUAUUAGGCCCCACACUCACACACAGAUGUGCGCGAUGGCAUGUGGAGCACAGAGGGAGUUGACAGCGUGCUGGAGGGUCUUGCGGCUUGCCACGAGGUCUGCCGGUUUAUAAGAGCCCAAUUAAUGUUUUCAUUUGAUUCUGCUAAAUCAUCUUAGCCAGAACACCAUCUGCUUCCUUCCUCAUUGCUGAUCAAACACAACAAUAAUAGGGCUAAUCGCAUAUUCCAUGUCUGUCAGUGCUUCACUUUCAAUCCCCCAUUUUUCACAUUCAUUCACUAUACACAAACGAGUGCACAGCUUUUAAUGGGUAUGAUAUGCUAUCUUGUAAUGACUGUUAAUUAGUAACUCCACAGGAUCGGGAGUCAAAUAAAAGAGAGCGCGUCCCUCUAACUACAGCUCCUAUUUAGUUCCUCCUAACACGCGUGUUCUCCUCUCUCCAUCCAGCUCUCAUAUUUUCCUAGUAAGAAGACACUUUUCUAUAUCAGACGUUGCCUUAGUACAUAUACUAUCUCACACAAACCAAAUAAAUGGUGGCAUUCAUUUUAGAACUAUGUAUAAAUGAGCGAUUUUAACAUUUUCAGGCUAUAGGAUUCGAAACAGCCUUUCCUUAAUUCAGUUUUCUAGAAAUUAAGUAACUUGAAUACAUUUACAAGUUUUUAGAUGUACUUAAAAUUAAAUGGAUUUGUGCAUUUAGUGUGUGUACUGUGUCAGAUAAAGCUGUUGAUUUUUUUUCUUUUCCUCAUACAACAGCACACAAAAUAUGCUCAAAUCCUGAACUAAAUUUAAUAAGACAAAUGGUGUGUUUGAUCAAUUGCAGGCAUCUGAUGUUAAUCUGUGUUUUUGAAGGUCAUAUUUGGUGGGGUGGGAGGAAUUGUGAAAAAAAAAAAUGUAGCAAUAAACUUUUGUUAGUUUUCUGGGUUUGUUAAACUUUAUGCAACUUUAAUAAAAAAUGGUAAAAUGCCA